AGAAAUCAAAAUUUGAAUAUAAAAGUUAAAAAUAUGGGUGGAUUUUCCUUUUUAUAAAUCACCCUGUAUAAUACGGCGUUAUACUUGCUACGCGGUUUUCGACAAACUUUUGAAAGGUUCUGCUUUUGAAAAUCCCCGAAAAACGAUAAACAAGGAAAAUACCAACAUAUCGACGAGCUCUGCUAGCAUCUGAUUAUAAUAGUUUAUAGUACAACAUGAGUGUUACACGAUUCACGCUGUUAUGCAGACUCAGCGAUAGAAAAAAAACCCGUCGUGACAAUCGAUUUGCAUAACGAAGGUAAUGAACGUAUAGGUUUAUAAUAUAUUAUGUCUGUGUGUAAACGACGUUUGCGGAAAUCACAAUCAACGCUUCGCAAGGAACCAAACGAUUUGCUGCUGCUGCUUCUGCUCGAUCACAAUGGUUAAGUAUGCGCAGGUGUUAUUGAUGUGCGCACGCGGCGCCCAACCGAAAAUCGUGUACUCCAGACCGCCGCGCAACGACACCGAAAUGACGGUGCAGACGGCCGCGUCGGACGACGACGAGACGACCUCCGCGAACACGACGACGGCGGCGCUGGCCACCUUAGCGUCCACCGGCCACCGGUACGCGGACAGCAGCAAAAGCAUGUCUACGAGGAACAACCGCUAUUACGGCGUGCAGUAUUACGCACCGCCCGUCGUGCACGACACCGCCGUCGUCGACGCUUUCGGUCGCCAACUGCAACAAAUGCAGCAGCAGCAGCAGCACCACAACCAGCGCCACCCGCUGCAACCGGCCACCGUACCGGCCGCGGCGUACCAUCAACGCGACGGUGACCGCGGCCCGUGGGAACAGACGGCCGCCGUGGUGCACGCCGACGGCGGACCGAUACUGAUGAACCCGUUGCACCUGCAACCGGUCUACGACGACCGCCAGUCUACGGCCCGGUACGCGCCGCCUCCCAAACCGCACAGGGCCCCCCAGCCCGUGGCCAGACUCGUCAAGUACGCGGAACCGGCAGCGGCGGCCGUGGCGUUCCAGCUCCCGUACCUGGCGGCCGAGGCCGACGACCGGACGCUGCUGAACAACCUGCCGGCACUCCAGUUCGCGCUCCAGCACGCCACCGGAAAGACGCCGCCGCCGCCGCCGCCGUUGGUCUCGACUUCCGGACACCAGCAGUACGCGGCUCUCCAGCAACCGCCCAACCUCCACCAUCACCACCUCCGUCACCAUCCGGUCAAACAGACGCAGCCCGCCGUGCACCAGGUCUACUCGCAGCCGGCGCCGUACCCGCAACUGCAUCGCAACCAUCAGAGGCUGCUGCAACUGCAUCCCGGACACGUGCAGCACCGGUACGCCCCUUACGGCGCCGCGCAACCGGCCACCCGGUUCACCCAAGUGCCGUUCCUGUACAACCUGCCGGCGCCGCCGACCGCGCAUCGACACCUGUUGGCGCCGGCCGAGUACGAUCUGGUGUCUCGGUUCAACAGACUGAUCAAGCAGCGCGAACAUGACGAUCGGCGCCACGCCCAGGAAUCGUCGGCCCGACGUCGGCGGCCCGAAGACAGUGGCGGCGUUAGCAGUGACGUCAGCGUUGGCAGCGACAAUAACGAAGACGGCGAGGAAGAGGAGACGGCCACCCGACCGGCGGUCAAGCCGAAAAAGUCCAAGAAAAAGAAGAAGAAGAAGAGACCCAAAGCGUCCACCACCCCCGUGCCGCCGGCUCCGGUCGAAGAAGAGAUCGACGAAGAGGAAAGCGACGGACGACUGCCGUCGUCGCGACGGUACAAGCCAUCUUCGCAGCAGGACGACGAACGGGCCGACGACGAACAGGCCAACUCCGAGGAACAGGAAUCGCAAAACGUGCACACUAGCGAACAGCUGCCUGAAGGCACGAUCGUUCAGGAAACCGAAGACGAACUGCAACACACGUUAGAUGAACCGUCUCAACUCAGCGAACAGUUUGGUGGUGAUUUAACAUUCGAAGACGGUGGCGGCGAACGAGUAGAGUUCCAGCUUCACGGCAUCGGCGGUCCUGAGUCGUACAAAUUUGGAUUUGACACCGGCAAAGGGUCCAACAGACAGUUCAGAUACGAGGAAAGGGACAACGGAGGAAACGUCCACGGCCAUUAUGGAUACCUUGAUAACGACGGAAAGAUGCAAGUGUACAACUACAGUUCACAUCCAGAACUCGGAUAUCGCGCGCAAAAGGCUGAAACCCUCGAGGUGUGAAAGCAGUUGACCGUGAUGAGAUGUGAUUAUCAUAACAUAAUAUUAUAUUUGUUAAUAAAUUGUUUAUAAAUUAACUUUAUUGUAAGUAUCAUAUAGUGCAUAUACGAAUUAAUAAAAUAUUACAGACCGAUA